AGAAACAUCGCAGCAGCAGUCUGCUAUUCCUGGACCUGCACAGAGCGAGGAGCACAGAACGUGGGCUGAGUCCUCGUGCCACGCUCCUUUUAUUUCCCGCGUUACAAAUAUUAAACCUGGAUAUAUCACACACAGGGCUUUCUCCGUGAGUGCUGCUGUCGUCCGGGCCAAUCUUCAGCUGUGCUCGGACUCUUCAGGCUCCAAUAAACAUGUCGUCUUCAUAUGCUGCUGCUAUAUCAGCCCUUCUUACAGCCAGCUCUUCCAGUCUAACCGUCAAACCCAGCCCUCAGCCCUCCCCACACACAGCAGGGAGUCCUAAACCUUCCCCCACGCCCAGCAAACCUGCUCACAGCCCUGCAGCUGUACAGACACAUCCUCAUUCACCUGAGCCUCUUGGAUGUUUUGACGAGCAACAGGAGAACCCUGCAGACUAUGGCAUCGGUGGUUACUACCCUGUUGAGAUCGGAGAUAUUUUCGUUGACCGUUACCAAGUGGUUAAAAAGUUGGGAUGGGGCCACUUCUCUACCGUAUGGCUCUGCUGGGACAUGGUGAAGGGGCGUUUUGUGGCUCUGAAGGUGGUGAAGAGUGCUCAAACAUUCACAGAGACGGCACUGGAUGAGAUCAACCUUCUGAAAUGUGUAAGGGACAGUGACCCCAAAGAUCCUAAACGUGACACGAUCGUGCACCUCAUUGAUGACUUCAGGAUCACUGCAGUGAGUGGAGAGCAUGUAUGCAUGGUUCUGGAGGUGCUGGGCCACCAGUUGCUGAGGUGGAUCGUCAAAUCCAACUACACUGGCCUCCCCCUGCCCUGCGUUAAGAGCAUCCUCAGACAGGUUCUGCAGGGUUUAGAUUACUUGCACACUAAAUGCAAGAUCAUCCACACAGACAUCAAGCCGGAAAACAUCCUCCUGAGGGUGGAUGAGGUUUACAUUCAGAACCUGGCGGCCAACACCAAGCUGUGGCAGAUGCCAAUGUCCUCUGCUUUUACCAGCUCCACAGUGAACAGAAGCUCCAGAGAAAAACAGAGUUUGUCCAACAUGUUGGGGAAGCUGACUGGGGUGUUCCACUCUCUUGGGGAGUGGUCCAGCAAGUUCUCCAGGAGCCCCAUUAAGCGAUUGACAAGAAAAGACAGGACCCGACGAGGACAGGAGAGUUCUUCUGAGCACAAUCAGAAAGUCCAACAUCAUGUGUCGUUCUCUGAUGACACUGCUCCACCUAGCACCCGCAGCUCCACCUGUCCCUCUAAGCUCACAGCAGGUCCUAACUUCACGUUAAGGAGGCAGACACUGCUGUUUGAAGACGGACUGGACUCGGCUCCACCCAACCACAGAGAGUCCAUCUGCUCGUGGCCAGACCUCAAUACACAUGCGCCUGUCUCUGGCUCUAGAUCCGUGUUAUUACAUCAGGCUGCAGACAAAGAUCUGCUUCCUCCUUCACCGUCCUCUCCUCGAGGUGUCAGUGACUUGGAUGUACUUCUGGACCUACUAAAGCCCCAGAAUGCCGAUAAAAUCCUUAUCAAGAUAGCUGACCUGGGCAAUGCCUGCUGGGUGCACAAACACUUCACUGAAGACAUCCAGACGUGCCAGUACCGCUCUGUGGAGGUUCUGAUCGGUGCUGACUACGACACACCGGCCGACAUCUGGAGCACUGCCUGCAUGGCUUUUGAGCUGGCCACAGGGGACUAUCUGUUCGACCCCCAAUCAGGAGCCACAUUCUCCCGCGAGGAAGAUCACAUUGCCCACAUCAUUGAGCUGCUGGGAUCCCUUCCUCCCCAGUUCGCUCUGUCAGGGAGAAAUUCCAAACGGUACUUCAACCGUAAAGGACAACUGCAACACAUCUCAAAACUGAAGCCAUGGAGCUUGUUUGAGAUCCUGCUGGAUAAGUACGAGUGGCCGCGGGAGGAAGCUGUGCAGUUCAGCUCGUUCCUCCUGACCAUGUUGGAGCUGCUGCCAGAGGAAAGAGCCACAGCUGCCCAGUGUCUGAAACACCCCUGGAUCACCUCCUAGUUCGGACUUGUUCAGAGCCCAGUGGACUGGCUCACCUUGCACGUGACUGGGACAGCUGUGGGAUAUACAGCAGAGUCGUCUGGUGCUGGCAUCAUGAGCUUUCAUAUUUCAGAUAUUUAUUAAUCUGAAUAAGAGCCUUUUCCCAGUCGGGUUGCUCGCUGUCUUAGUAUUUUAAUGGCAGUCACAUCUAAUUCAGGCACAACAAUGACCAAAGAGAAGUUUUGUCUUACUGGAAAACUUGUUUCAUGAUCACAAAGUUCUUGGAUUUCAAUAAACUGACACAAGAUUGCUUUUAUUCUGCAGUAGUUAUUUGUAAAACAGCUAAAUCAAAACCUCACUUUGAAGAAAUGCUUGUUUGAAAAGGUAUGAGAUGGAUUUAUUCAGACUGCACUCAUCUUGAAGGAAUACCCUCACCACAGCAAAAAGGCAGUUUAUAUGUUGCAUUUUUAAAAACACUGCAGUCUGUGAUA